GCGGAAACCUGCUCAUCGGUGCUCCUCCACCUGCAUGGUUCCCUGCACUCGUCAACAGGAAACCCAAAUUUAAAUGAUCUAGAAACCGAGUUUGAAGCGGAUUGAAGAUGCUUCUCCUUCUGAGCUGUUGGGUGGUUGCAGCGAUCACAGCAAAGGGCUCAACAGAGCUGCACUACGGAAGGAUAAACGGCUCACUGUGUUUACGAGUGUUACACUCGCCACCACAUCAACAAGACAAGUGGCUCUUUAAUGGGGAAGCCAUAGCUUUCUCUGAAAAGAUCACUCCCAAGUAUAAAGAUAAAGUGUCUUAUUAUCCCAUUAACCACUCCAUAUGUAUUAACAAACUCACUGAGACAGACAGCGGCCUCUAUACAUUCUCAUUCCUCGAUUCUUCCAACAAAGACUUAAAGGAAACCCACCGACUGAAUGUUGAAGAAACUGUCCCCAGACCUGUCAUGAGGAUGUCGGCACUGCCCUCCAACCUGUCUGCCGCUCUGUGCGACAUCGCGGUCAACUGCUCCAUCGGGGAGGAGUGGGCGUGGUCUGUCUGUGACGUAGCGGGUUGCAGAACCUCCCAGAGGUCAAACAGGAAGGUCGUCAUCAACAUUUUCACUGAUGACACGUCCGUCGUCUGUCGGGGCAAAAACAACGUCAGCGUGAGCAACGUGUCUGAAAGCAGGGAGGCAACGUGCUUGAUGACUCCUGAAGAGACAUCAGACCCCCCCUCUGUUGUCGUGAUAGGGACGAUGGUUGCAGUGUGCGUGUCCCUCUGUGUCUUCGUCCUCGUCGUGGCCAACGGGCUCCUUCCCACUGGAUGUCCUGGGCAUCAGGGGGGGGCACCUGCUGCUCGUAUAGCACAGAGCCAGCAGGCGGAGGCCUCGCCGCCCCCCGAGUGGAGGGUCUCCACCUCCUCUUCCAGCCAAGCCGAGGCCUGCUAUGUGAACGUGGAGGACCCCCCGCCCCGCCAGACCAGCAGCCCCAUCGUGGGCCCGAGGGAGGAGACGGGGUCGCCUCAGGGCGAUGGAGGGCAGCAGGAGGCAUCGGGCUCACAGGGUGCCCCCCCCCCAGACGAGGAAGAGCACAUCAACUCUCUGUACAGUGUGCUGCAGGCGCCCAAAAGGUCCCGACUCCCCCAGUAGAAGCUUUGAGGAGCCGGAGAGAUGAACAGAAGGAGGAUACGGACGUCCUUCUUCACCUGAACCUGGAGAACACGCCUCUGUGGGUUACGCAAUCAUCCUCUGCAGAGUCCUGUGGUGUUUGAGUUCCUUCAGGGGAGGUGGGACUUGUUGGACCUCACCGAGCAGCUGGAUGUGAAACGUCCUCAGAGGACCACUAGGGGACGCCAGAGGGCCCCAAACGGCACCUGCAAGUCUUCAGGCCCGCUGGUUCCAUCCCCGGGGGCCAUGUCCAGGAGACCCGGGAGACACAUUGUAAAGAAGCAGAGUCCCUCCCCAUCCGCUCAGGGUUCACAUCACGUGCACUAAUGCACGGGUCCAGUGCACGGUCUGGUUGUUGCACUGUGGGGUGAUUUCAUUUGUCAAAGUGCCAAAGUUUUCCACUACUUUGAUAGUUUGGACACAGAAACAUUGAACCCAGAGGCCGUUCUGUAGCUUCUCUUCACUAAAAUGAAGGUUUCCUCUGUUUUACUUGCAGUAUUAAAUGAGGAGGAUCAGAGUGGGGAACUUGUUUGUCACACAUUUACAAAUUUAACUUUGUAGCCUUCGUUGUAACAACAAUGUUUUAUUAUACAAAUGUUGCAUCAAUGUCACAAUAAAUAGUUUGUUGCAGUUUAUUGAACUUAAAUUCUACUUCUAUUAAAACAUGUUUUCAUACAUCACAGAGUACGACACCUCUGUAGAAGCACAUCAGCUCUUGUGUGAAUGUGGUCAUGUGACACCACACAACCAGCAGCUACAUCUAAAAAUACAUCUUGUGUGUGAAGGGGAACAGGAACGGUUCGACUGAUUCUGAGAAGUCUUGUGCUUCUUCUCCUCAGACUCUGGCUACAGAGUUAUCUUUAU